AUGGCGAAUCCGGAGGCCAGCAAGCCGCCGGGACCGGACGAGGCGGCGCCGGAGCGGCGAGCUGACGAGCCGGCGCGCACGGACGGCGCCGGCAACACCCCUCCCCCGCCGUUCCUGGAGGUGACCUGCAGGAGCUCCGGCGAGGUGCGGCGGUUCGCGGCGGGGACGACCGCCCGGUACGCGCUGCACGCGGUGAACCGCAAGCUGGCCCCCGGCGCCCCGGCGGCGCUGCACGUGGAGGCGGCCAAGGAGGGCGAGGAGCCCGUGUGCUUCGGCCCCACCGCGCCCCUCGCCGACUACGGCCGCGGCUGGCGCCUCCAGACCGUCACCGAGCAGGACGCGCCGGGCGCCCAUCACCACGCGCACCACGCGCCGCCGCACGGAGACGGGGGGAAGGGGGCUCGCGAGAGGGAGCUGCUGAGGAAGAAGGGCUCCUCCGUGUACCUCGCCAAGAUCGGGCUCGCCUUCGUCUUCCUCUUCCUGCUCGGCGGGCUCUUCACCUACCUGCUCGAGACCAUCCCCGACAUGAUCCUCGCCUCCACUCCUCCUCAGUCCAUGUAG